CGAUGAUAGACUAUUUGGUUAAAUAAGGAGACAAUUUAACUCGACGACCUAAGAAGGCAGCAAGAGACUCAUGUCCCUCUUGAUUUGACGCUAACCUGGAACCGGAAAUGUAUCAAAAAGACUAUGGCGUCACAAGCAUGGAGACGUCCGCUGUUUCUGUACUGAAGAGGGCGGUGGAGUUGGAUCAAAGUGGCCGCUUCCUGGAGUCUCUUAUCUGCUACCAAGAGGGCGUCCAGCUGCUUAUAGACGUCCUAAAAGCAGUGACCGAUGAGUCAAAGAAGGGACACUACAGGGAGAAGAUCAAAGGAUACAUCAACAGAGCAGAGCAAAUUAAAGCCCACGUGAACCAAAUGAAAGAAGACGGGAAGUACCACGAACAGAUCAGGAUAGCUGAGGACGCCACAGGUUACAGCUAUGAAGCAGUCUUCAAGCCUUACAUCAGCGGCUCACUGACAGAAGCCUGGGUGGAAGAUCCCUACAUACGACACACCCACCAGCUGUACAACUUCCUGCGGUUCUGCGAGAUGUUGCUCAAAGCAUCCUGCAAAGUGAAGACCAUCCAUCUCCUCACCUCGUCAGAUGAAGCUGAUGCUAGCCAACAGAGAAGCGCUAUGGCCGAGCUGAAGGACAGCCUCAACGCUCAUGGCGUCACUCUGGACCUGCAGUACUCCUCCACCAUCCAUGACAGGGAGAUCAGGUUUGAUAACGGCUGGAUCAUCAAAAUUGGAAGAGGGCUGGAUUACUUCAAGAGACCCAAAGGCCGAUUCUCCGUUGGAUAUUGUGACUACGACCUGAGGCAGUGCCACGAGACCACAGUAGACAUUUUCCACACAAAACACACCAAAACUCUAUGAGGAAAUAUUUCCUUAUUUUAAAAAAAUAUGUCGUGUUGAUUUGUCUUACCCAUUAUCGUGUAUAACAAAAAUGUAACCUAUUCAUCUUUUCUUUGUGCUCUUGAAAAAAAGUGGUGUUUCUAUCUUUUGGUGAAAUCUUUUAAUAAAAGGUCUUAAUUAUCAUUCUUAAAUCCUUUGAAUAGCCUCUUGUUAAUUGCAGUCAAUAAUUACAAUGUAGAUUUAUUACUAUUAUUGUAAAAUGUGAUGCUAAUUCAGUCUACACUGAAUUGUCAAAUAGAGACAAUACUUAAGAUGCAGAUUAUGCAAUAAAAACAACAACAUGCAAAUAUGUCAAAUGCAAUACUUAGAGUGGUUGUGCACAGUUGGCAAGAAUUGAGAUUAUAAAUUCAUCUCAAUCAUGCCUGCAGGUGCAUGAUGAUCAUUGAGCUCACACUACAGUUAAUGGUUAAAGGAUACUUUUGACUCAAAUACAAAGUAUGUACGACUGGAAUGUGUGUUUACAUUUCUUCUGUAGAGUUAAUGAAGAUGUCAGAAAAAAGCUUUUAAAAUAUACUUUAAAAGAGCUUUUGUGACGUGACUGAAACAUUCCAAAGCGAAAUGGUGGUUAAUACAGAGGUUAUUUUUACAUUUUGCUAUUGUUACCAGAUUAGAUUGUUUUUCUUUAAGUUUCUAAAAUAUACUUUAAAAGAGCCUUAGUGCCUUGUUACGUGACAUAACUCAAAACCAUUGAGCUCACACUUUAGUUAUUGGUCGAAGGUUACUUUACUUGGAUUGUGUGUUUACAUGUUUUCUGGAGAGUUUAUAAAGAUUACCCACAAAAAAGUGAAAUAUACUUUAUCAUGAGAUAUUUUAACAUGCUAAUAACCCUGUUAGCAGAUUCCAAUUGGAUUUUACAUAGUGUUUACACAAACAAAGUGAAAUACACUUUAUAUCAGGGGUCCCCAAACUUUUUGACUCGGGGGCCGCAUUGGGUUAAAAAAAUUUGGCCGGGGGCCAGGCUGUAUAUAUAUAUAUAUAUAUAUAUAUAUAUAUAUAUAUAUAUAUAUACACACAUUGUCUUUAUAAUCCGUUUUGUCAUUUAACAUCAAUUAACAUUGAUGUUCAUCAACAUUUAACAUUGUCACGUUAUCGAUGGUAAAAUUCACUUUUAGACAAUAUGAUUUGCCUGAGCGGCUAGGAGACACCAAGAGUAACAAGCGGUAAAAAAUGGAUUAGAAAGAAAAGAUUUAAAAAAUAAAAAAAAAAGUUUAACUUGGGACUUCCUGUGGGCCGGAUUUUGGAGGCUGGGGGGCCAGGUCCGGCCCGCGGGCCGUAGUUUGGGGACCCCUGCUUUAUAUCAUGAGAUUUUUUUAACAUGCUAAUAACCCUGUUAGCAGGUUCCAAUUGAAUUUAGAUAGUGUUAACGCAAACAAAGUUAAAUACUCUUUAUAUCAUUCCGAUAUUUUAACAUGCUAAUAACGCUGUUAGCAGGUUCCAAUUGGAUUUUACAUAGUGUUAACGCAAACAAAAUGAAAUACACUUUAUAUCAUAUUUUUACCCAAGGAAGGGUACACCCUUCCUUGGCGGAAGGGUGUACCCCGCCUUCCGCCCGAUUGUAGCUGAGAUAGGCUCCAGCGCCCCCCGCGACCCCAAAGGGAAUAAGCGGUAGAAAAUGGAUGGAUGGAUGGAUGGACUUUAUAUCAUGAGAUAUGUUAACAUGCUAAGGCCGUUAGCAAAUUCCAAUUGGAUUUGAUAUAGUGUUAACACAGAGUAAAAUAUACUUAAGAAUAUAACAUGAGAUAUGCUAAUAUGCUACGACAUAUUCCCAAUGGAUUUUACAUUAUAUUAACACAAAAAAGUGAAAUACGCCUAAAAAUAUAUAAGACCAUACAUGUGAUGUGUUAAGAUCCUAAUGUUAUUAUCUUAUGCCAACAGUAUUUUACUGAGUAUUAAAGCUAGACUUAAUUAUUGCUAACAUUAAGUAAACAGGGGUUAAGUUAGCCUGAGCUAACUAACUAAAUUGUGUUUAUUCCCCAUGGUAUCAAACUAGCGACUCUAAUGGCUACCUUGAUUUGA